CUACGUACGAUGUCGGAGCAUAUCACGGAGCAGCAGGUGGUGGCGACGUACAAGAGUCUACGCGCCGAGGUGCGGCAGAUGGCCGAGAAGAUCUCCGAGCUGGAUGUGGAGACUACGGAGCACAACCGCGUGAUCCAGACGCUCAACGAGCUGCCCAAGGACCGCAAGACCUACCGUAUGGUAGGCGGCGUAUUGGUGGAGCGUACAGUGCAAGAGGUGCUGCCCGCCGUAACGGCUAACCGUGACGGUAUUGCGCAGCUACUUUCUCAGUUGAACGAGAACAUCAAGCAGAAGGAGAAGGCCGCAGACGAGUGGCAGCGGAAAUACAACAUCCAGGUGCAGCAGUAAGAAGCUAAUGGCCGGAGUCGCGAGGAGAAUAGAUUUGUGGCGACGUCAGGCGUGAAGUGUAUUGGUAGUCCGUUGAAAGCACAAGGAGGACUAUUUAUCCUUUAAUAACGGGCGGCUCGGGUGCAAAUUGCAUUGUUCAAUUGAUAUUGGUACAGAUUGGUCGACUGGAUCAACUUCAUAGCUUAGGACUUGCUAGCCCCCUCCGUUAAUGCGUACAUGAGUCGUUUCUAACAUAGCACGG